AGACGCCCCUGGACGUGGCCGGCGGCGGUGAGGGUGCUCCCCCUUCCGCCUGACAGUCUACUCCCAGGUAAUCUGCUCUUCAAUCAUCAUUCAAAGGUGACCACCAUGAUCCCCUGGGUGCUGCUGGCCUGUGCCCUUCCUUGUGCAGCCGACCCACUGCUGGCUGCCUUCGCCCGCAGAGACUUCCAGAAGGGCUCCCCUCAACUCAUCUGCAGCAUGCCUGGCCCCCAGGGUCCACCCGGCCCCCCAGGAGCCCCAGGGCCCUCAGGAAUGGUGGGAAGAAUGGGCUUUCCAGGCAAAGAUGGCCAGGAUGGCCAGGACGGGGACCGAGGGGAGAGCGGAGAGGAAGGCUCACCUGGCCGGACAGGUAAUCGUGGGAAGCCAGGCCCGAAGGGCAAAGCCGGGGCCAUUGGGCGGGCCGGCCCGCGUGGCCCCAAAGGGAUCAGCGGUGCCCCGGGCAAGCACGGGACACCCGGCAGGAAGGGGCCCAAGGGCAAGAAGGGGGAGCCGGGCCUCCCGGGGCCCUGCAGCUGCGGCAGCAGCCACGCCAAGUCGGCCUUCUCCGUGGCGGUGACCAAGAGCUAUCCGCGGGAGCGGCUGCCCAUCAAAUUCGACAAGAUACUAAUGAACGAGGGCGGACACUACAACGCUUCCAGUGGCAAGUUCGUCUGCAGCGUGCCGGGCAUCUACUACUUCACCUACGACAUCACGCUGGCCAACAAGCACCUGGCCAUCGGCCUGGUGCACAACGGCCAGUAUCGCAUCCGGACCUUCGACGCCAACACAGGCAACCACGACGUGGCCUCAGGCUCCACCAUCCUGGCGCUCAGGCAGGGGGAUGAGGUCUGGCUGCAGAUCUUCUAUUCUGAGCAGAACGGGCUCUUCUAUGACCCAUACUGGACCGACAGCCUCUUCACGGGCUUCCUCAUCUACGCUGACCAGGACAGCCCCAGUGAGGUGUAGACGGGCCAGUACUGGGUCUCCCAGCAGCUCCUGGACUUGGGCUUCCAGCACAAGACCCCUAAACUGUUGCGGGCUGGAAGUCGGGAGCAUCUAACCUCAGGCUGACCUCCUCCACCCCUUUUUCCUCCACCAUUAAAUCCAAGCUUUUUUAUUCAUCCUUC